GUGUGGUGAUGGCGGCGGUUUAAGACCGGACAGUCCUGUAUGGAGGAGGAGCAGCUUCAGACGUCUCCCCUCACUCCCUCUGUGGACAGCUGGUAUCAAACAUGAAGCAGUCAGGGCUGUUUGUGGUGUUUCUGCUCCUCUGUGCUGACCGGAGAGGCUCCGGCUCUCAUCCCAAACCGUCCUGCCGGUACCCUCCGUCUCAGUGGUGUCGGUCCCUGGAGAUAGCGAUAGAGUGCAGGGUUCAGAAGCAGUGUAUGGAGGUGAAUGCCACCGGACCGAACAAGUCUGUUCCUCCGGUGUCUGUCGCGCUGUACUAUGAGAGUCUCUGUCCAGCCUGCAGAGUCUUCAUCAGCCAGCAGCUCUUCCCCACCUGGACCAUUCUGCACGACAUCAUGACCGUCACUCUGGUCCCCUACGGCAACGCUAAGGAGCUUCCGUCAGCAAACUCUCCCUUCACCUGUCAGCACGGAGAGCCUGAAUGCAGAGGAAACAUGAUCGAGGCCUGUAUCAUCCAUCUAACGGGACACUCAGCAUUUCAGAUCGUCCACUGCAUGGAGUCUGCUGCAGAUGUUCUCAACGCUGCGCAACCUUGUCUCCAGCUGUACGCUCCCUCUGUGUCCUGGUCCACUGUUGACUCCUGUGUGAAGGGAGGUCUGGGAAACCAGCUGAUGCGUGACAACGCCGCCAUGACCCGAGCUCUGAACCCCGCCCACACACACGUGCCCUGGGUCACCUUUAAUGGGGAAUACACAGAAGAGAACGAGGACAAGGCGAUGUCGUCUCUUUUCCAUUUGGUUUGCCAGCUGUACAAGGGGGUGAAGCCUCCAGCCUGCACCGGAGCCCCGGUCAGACUGAACAGAGGCUUCUGCUGAACAACCUUAACCUGCAGGAAAAACAACUAAACAUAACAUACAUACAAUGAUGUACCAAGUAUCUCCAUAACCAUACUAACAUGCAUGUGAAAUUAUACAGUGGAUGUUUAUGUCUUAAAAAGUAAAAGUGGAAUAAAUCCAUCUUGUCCUGCA